UGAGCUUACAGCACAAAUCAACGAAGAAACGAGAUGAGCGAACCAGUUGGAGGAGGAAGCCACACCCUACGUGUGGCUCCUUUUCUCAUCGUGUGUGAGUGAGUGCAUUGAUCUCAUAGUAGUGAAAAAAGCUACUUACUUAGAUAGAAUACUGCGAGCGCUUUUUCGAAAAGUCAGCCUCUUCGACUGCAGUGAUUGCGUUGAAUUGUAGGAGUAUUGCGGUUCGUGGCCGCCUCGGCGCCGACUAACGAGCGGAAGUGUUUGCGUUGUCCGUUUCGACACGGCGCGGCCUGCGUUCGCAGAUGGCGAGCAAUUUCAUGGCUGUCCCGAGCGCCUUGGCGUUAGAUGCCAAUAUCUUCGCAACGGAGCCGCCCAAGAGGACGCCGCCCGGCCGUCGCGCCUUCGUUCCCGGAUGCGGGAGCCUGCGGGCGCCACCGCUGUGCUCUUCCCCGUGGCAGCCCCUUCGGCGCUUGCCGCCCGGGGCUGGGCUCGGCUCGCCGCCUUGCGGGCCUUCCCUAACGACGGAGCCGCAGGAGCGCGCAGGCACGCCAGUCCUAAUGGGCCGGCUGGGCGCAGCAGGUGCGGACCAGCGGACUCAGCCCCGUGGGGCUCCGCGGCCGCCUCGUUUCCCAACGAGGGGCCCGCGCCUCGCCGUCCCGCCUGCGUGGCUGGCGCGUCCCUGUCAGCUCCUCGGUGUAAGCAUGUAAUAGUAAGCGUUGCGCUUGCGCCUGGUUCGUUUUGUCAGAGGUGA